GGGUACACCUCUCGGGCCUCGGCCAGGGCGAGCCUCCUGGCCAAGAGCUCUCAAACCCCAAAUCUUUCCCGGAGCAAGCGAGCGGCCUAGAUGCCACUCCUCUCCCGAAGGGGCGUCAGGGUCCUGGCUGCCAGGCCUCAGCCCCCUCCCCGGGAAGCCGUCGCGAAGGGGUCCCCAGGGGCUGCAGCGUCUAAGGCCCUCUACAUUCAAUGCAACGAGCUUUCCGCCAGGCUGAGGUCCCCGCCGCUGAGGGCGGAAGUGGUAAGACUGACGUGUCCUGGGCCGCGCUGCCGAUCGCCGGGAGGACCCCCGCCUUGCCCAGGACGGGCGGGGCGAGCCGAGCCUCACGGGGUCGCCGGAGCUGGGCCGGGCCUCCAGAUGGAGAAGGCGCAGCGGGGAGUUCUUGAGUAAGCCAGAGCUGUGUCCAGCGCGGUGUAGCCGCAGCUGCAGCUGUCAGGCGCAGCAGCGGGCAACCCCGUGGAGGUCGGUUGGCAGGUCCUCUCCAACCCGCCGCUACCGCGCCGCUCUGGUAGAGACCCCGGCAGGAGCCCAAGGGCAGCUACGGGGCCGCGGAGGCCGCUGGCGCCGCCUCGGCCAGCCCUUCCCGCGCGGUGAGGACCUCGGGGCUAUGGCGGGAAGGGACCCGAGGUUCCACUGCCUUAAGGAUGACAGUCAUAGGGAACCCUCGAAGUUGGAGCUGCCAGUGGUUGCCAAUCCUGAUACUGUUGCUGGGCACAGGCCAUGGGCCAGGGGUGGAAGGCGUGACACACUACAAGGCCGGCGACCCUGUUAUUCUAUAUGUCAACAAAGUGGGACCCUACCAUAACCCUCAGGAAACUUACCACUACUAUCAGCUUCCAGUUUGCUGCCCUGAGAAGAUACGUCACAAAAGCCUUAGCCUGGGUGAAGUGCUGGAUGGGGACCGAAUGGCUGAGUCUUUGUAUGAGAUCCGCUUUCGGGAAAACGUGGAGAAGAGAAUUCUGUGCCACAUGCAGCUCAGUUCUGCACAGGUGGAGCAGCUGCGCCAGGCCAUCGAAGAACUGUACUACUUUGAAUUUGUGGUAGAUGACUUGCCAAUCCGGGGCUUUGUGGGCUACAUGGAGGAGAGCGGCUUCUUGCCACACAGCCACAAGAUAGGACUCUGGACCCAUUUGGACUUCCACCUAGAAUUUCAUGGAGACCGAAUUAUAUUUGCCAAUGUUUCAGUGCGGGACGUCAAGCCCCACAGCUUGGAUGGGUUACGACCUGAUGAGUUCCUAGGCCUUACCCACACUUAUAGCGUGCGCUGGUCUGAGACUUCAGUAGAGCGUCGGAGUGACAGGCGCCGUGGUGAUGAUGGUGGUUUCUUUCCUCGAACACUGGAAAUCCAUUGGUUGUCCAUCAUCAACUCCAUGGUGCUUGUGUUUUUACUGGUGGGUUUUGUGGCUGUCAUUCUAAUGCGUGUGCUUCGGAAUGACCUGGCUCGGUACAACUUAGAUGAGGAGACCACCUCUGCAGGUUCUGGUGAUGACUUUGACCAAGGUGACAAUGGCUGGAAAAUUAUCCAUACAGAUGUCUUCCGCUUCCCCCCAUACCGUGGUCUGCUCUGUGCUGUGCUUGGCGUGGGCGCCCAGUUCCUGGCCCUUGGCACUGGCAUUAUUGUCAUGGCACUGCUGGGCAUGUUCAAUGUGCACCGUCAUGGGGCCAUUAACUCGGCAGCCAUCUUGUUGUAUGCCCUGACCUGCUGCAUCUCUGGCUACGUGUCCAGCCACUUCUACCGGCAGAUUGGAGGCGAGCGUUGGGUGUGGAACAUCAUUCUCACCACCAGUCUCUUCUCUGUGCCUUUCUUCCUGACGUGGAGUGUGGUGAACUCAGUGCACUGGGCCAAUGGUUCGACACAGGCUCUGCCAGCCACAACCAUCCUGCUGCUUCUGACGGUUUGGCUGCUGGUGGGCUUUCCCCUCACUGUCAUUGGAGGCAUCUUCGGGAAGAACAACGCCAGCCCCUUUGAUGCACCCUGUCGCACCAAGAACAUCGCCCGGGAGAUUCCACCCCAGCCCUGGUACAAGUCUACUGUCAUCCACAUGACUGUUGGAGGCUUCCUGCCUUUCAGUGCCAUCUCUGUAGAGCUGUACUACAUCUUUGCCACAGUAUGGGGUCGGGAGCAGUACACUUUGUACGGCAUCCUCUUCUUUGUCUUCGCCAUCCUGCUGAGUGUGGGGGCUUGCAUCUCCAUUGCACUCACCUACUUCCAGUUGUCUGGGGAGGAUUACCGCUGGUGGUGGCGAUCUGUGCUGAGUGUUGGCUCCACUGGCCUCUUCAUCUUUCUCUACUCAGUUUUCUAUUAUGCCCGGCGCUCCAACAUGUCUGGGGCAGUACAGACAGUAGAGUUCUUUGGCUACUCCUUACUCACUGGUUAUGUCUUCUUCCUCAUGCUGGGCACCAUCUCCUUUUUUUCUUCCCUAAAGUUCAUCCGGUAUAUCUAUGUUAACCUCAAGAUGGACUGAGUUCUGUGUGGCAGAAGUAUUGCUGUUCUCUCCCUUUCUUCAUGCCUCCUUGAGCUCUCCUACCAGCUUCUCUUCUGAUUGACUGAAUUGUGUGAUGGCAUUGUUGCCUUCCCCUUUGCCCUUUGGGCCUUCCUUCCCCAGAGAGGGCCUGGAAAUUAUAAAUCUCUAUUACAUAAGGAGUAUAUAUUUGAAAUUUUUAAGUUGCCUUUAGUUUUGGUCCUGAUUUUUCUUUUUACAAUUAUCAAAAUAAAAUUUGUUAAGAAAAAGGA